CGACUGAUGCAUCCGGCAGGUGCCUUUCCCCUGGAGGCCUACUCGCACUUUGCCGGUCUGCCCGGCAUUCCUCCAGCAGCAUUUCUGAAUCCGGCGGCUGGUCUGCCCUACUCGGAUCCGCUGUACUUGGAGCACCGCUAUCAGCUGUUUCGUGCGGCCGGCGGCCAUCAUGGGCAUCCGCAUGCAGCKGCGCUCUACCCCCCCAUGGCCUCACCCUAUUCGCAUCUGUACUCGAUGAUGCCUGGCGCAGCGCUGGGCAUGUCGCCGGCAAUGCACGACCGCCUUAAGCUGGAGGAGGAGCAUCGGGCGCGUCUGGCGCGCGAGGAGGAGCGAGAGCGUGAGCUGCAGCGCGAAAAGGAACGGGAGCUGCGUGAGCAGCGCGAGAAGGAGCAGCGCGAGCGGGAACGGGAGCAGCGUGAACGGGAGCGGGAGCAGCGCGAAAAGGAGCAGCGCGAGAAGGAGCAGAAGGAGAAGGAGGCGCGCGAGCGCAAAAUGCGCGAGGAGGAGCGSGAGGCCAGAGAGCGUGAGCGCCAGCAGCUGCUGAGCGCCACGCACCACUACUCCAACCAGCURUACGCGCCGCUCAAUCGCAACCUGCUCGGCUCCAUGAUGCCGCACAUCAAUCUGGGCCUGCGCGGCCCGCCCGCUGGCCUGCACGGUCUGGCUGGCAUGUCGCACUACCACGCGGCGGCUGCCAAUGCGCAGCGCCAGAGCCCCAUGGGGCUCAAUCUGGGCAUGGCCGGCAUGCCCACAUUGCCGGGCCACGGACCCGCCAAUCUGCAGCAUCACUUGCAGCAGGCGGCCAUGGGUCUGGCUGCUCAUCCAGGGGCUGGGCUCACCCAUCCAGGCUUCUCGGCAGCCGCGGCGCUCGGCCUGGGCCCGCAUCCACACAGCCUCAAUCUGAACCAUCCGCACCUCUCGCCGCAUCAUGCGGUGCACCAGCUGCCGCCGCACUCUGUCGCCAGCUCGUCGGCUGGGCCCAGUCCCGGGGUGGUGGCCAGCAGUGCGGURGCCACGUCGUCGUCGCCGCACAGCAGCCUUAACCUGACGGUGGCCACCAGCAGCAUGGCUCAGACCACGUCCACGCCCAGCUCGCACAUUCCGACCAUGAGCCACUACUACCACCAUGGACACCUGGCCGCCAUGCACGCAGCAGCGGCUGCCAGCGGCCUCACUCCUGUCGCCGCCCAUCAGCAGCCGGAGGAUCCACUACAGAGCGCCACGCCCCCGGUGGCACUGGAGAAGAAGCCGGCAACGCCGAAUGCCAGCGCCAAUCAGGAGAAAACGCUGCUGCCGGACAGCUCGCCGGAGAACUCGUCCCGUCGCAGCGCGAGUCCACCUAACGCGGACAACAACAGCAGCAGCAACGCCAACACCAACGCCACCAACAACAACUCGAGCGGCGCAACAGCCACUGGAGCGGCGACUGGCGGCUCACAAGGUAAUAGCAGUACGGAGAUCACUCCUAAGAUUGUAGCGGCCAGCACGCCGCCUGCCCCGAAGCAGGAGCAAUCAGAGCAGGUUGAAGCGACGCCAACGCCGCCGGUGCCGCAGCGAACAAAGCUGUCGCCGGACGAUGYGGCAGCGGCGUCAUGUGGCAGCGCAGUCACCUCCACCACCAGUGGCAGCAACUCGCCGCCGGUGGUCAGCAGCAGCACAAAUAUUGCRRCAGCAGCAGCGACGGCAGCAACAGCCACGCCUGCSGCUGACGAGGUGUCGACGAGUGCCACGCCCAUWGCCGAARCAUCGAGAUGAUCCAUCGCUUAAAUUAGAGAGAGACAGAGAGACCCAAUAAUGGGAACGUAGUUAGUAGUUCGUGAGAUCGAAACUAGUUAACAUCAUCUACCUUCAACAUAGCCGUUAAUCCAAAUGUUUAUUUAUAAACGAGAGUAUA